AUGACCAUUGCAUAUCCGCUUCGGCAUGCCGAGAACGCCGCCCGAGAUACCAUUGGCUCUGGGCAGCCCUAUGCCGUCAUCGAUUGGGGACAGAUCGACGGCAAAGUCUCACGUUGGCUGAUCCAGUUCUCGGGCAUUCGUUCAUCUUGGGUUCAUACGCCCAGUGGCGCGAGUUUAAACUCUCCAUGCGAUCCGAUUGUGGCACUGUUCUGA